AUGAGCCGCGACUUUUGUUUGCACAUGUUAGCAAACUGUUGUCACGUAUUCGGAUCGUUUUUCUUAUAAACAAAGUUUGUUUGACUUCUAAAUAUUAAUUAAGUUCAUAUAUAACCCUAUACUUACCUGCUCUUAGCACGGAAAGAGCAAUGUUGAUUUGAACUCUUUUUUUCCUCUUUUUUUUAUUUACAUUGAUGUUCAGAGCGGGUCAGCGGAGCAGGAACUAGCAUGAUCGUUUGAUUUCAUGGUUAUCAUUUAUUGAAUUAUAUAAUUCAUACUUGUGAUCGAAACAUGGAGAAAGAUUCGAGAGUGAUGAAGACGUCUGCGCCUUCAGUGUCACAGAUCAAUGCUGAAUAUGUCACUCAGCUCGCAAAUAAAUACUGGGCUCCUCACGUGAAAAAUAAGCUGCCCUUCGAUGCUCAGAUCAUUGAAGACGUGUACCAGAAUGAGAUUCUUAAAUCAAAAUUUGCCAUCAGAAAGAUUAUGUUGCUGGAAUUCAGCCAGUAUCUUGAGAACUAUCUGUGGGUGAAUUACACCCCUGAAUCGUCCACAAACAGCUACCUGAUGUCCAUCUGCUGUAUUAUUAAUGAGAAGUUUCGUGAGAACGUUCCUGCAUGGGAGGUUUUUAAGAAAGCACCUGAGCACUUCCCGCAGUUCUUCAAGUGCGUGAUGGAGGCGUGUCUGUCAGGCGAGCAGUUCGGCCUGUCGCUGCGAGAACAAACUGUUCUUCUGCUUUUCCUCGAUCACUGCUUCAACAGUCUGGAAGUGGAUUUGAUACGUGAGCAGGUGCAGAAACUGGUUUCUCUGCCCAUGUGGAUGUGUCUAAUACCGACUCGAUUGCAACAGGAAUUGAAGAAAGUCCCAAAACUGCAUAAGUUUUGGAACCUCAUCAAGAAAAAUUACGAGAAGAUGGACGCGAAGGAAAGCGAACAGGCUAAAAUGGAACGAACCUUCCUGGCUGAGCUUAUCAAGAAAUUCCUGCUGGUUCUCAGGUCCAUCCCAGCAUUAGGUUCAGUCUCCAUGGAGAAGGUCCAUUACUGCGAGAGAUUCAUCGAGUUUAUGAUUGACCUGGAGGCUCUGCUCCCGACCCGCCGCUGGUUCAACACUGUGCAGGAUGAUGCUCAUCUGGUGGUGAACUGCCAGCUGUCUCACCUCACCCAGAGAGAGGAGGAGGGUCACCUCUUCUGCCAGUUGUUGGACAUGUUGAAGUUCUACACCGGCUUUGAGAUCAACGAUCAGACGGGUACCGCUCUGACAGAGAAAGAAAUGACCACCCUCCACUACGACAGAAUCACUUCUCUACAAAGAGCAGCGUUCGCUCAUUUCCCCGAGCUGAACGACUUCGCCCUGUCGAACGUGGCGGCCGUGGACACUCGUGAAUCUCUGACCAAACAAUUCGGCCAUCUCAGUUCAAACACCCUCCACCGGGUAUCGGCAUACCUGUGUCUCCUGCCUGAGGUGCCAGACAACGAGGAGACGACCUACGAUAAAGAAUUCCUGCUGGAGCUCCUGGUGUCCCACCAUAAGAGGCGGAUCUCUCAGAUCGAGCAGCUCAACCAGAUGCCUCUUUACCCCACCGAGAAGAUCAUCUGGGAUGAGAACAUCGUUCCCACCGAGUAUUAUUCAGGAGAAGGUUGUCUGGCUCUCCCAAAGCUGAACCUGCAGUUCCUCACCCUGCAUGACUACCUAUUAAGAAACUUCAACCUCUUCCGUCUUGAGUCCACCUAUGAGAUCCGUCAGGACAUCGAGGACAUUGUGUUACGAAUGAAGCCAUGGCAGUCUGAAUAUGGAGGGGUGGUGUUCGGUGGCUGGGCUAGAAUGGCACAAACCAUCAGUUCCUUUACUAUAGUGGAGGUGGCGAAGCCUAACAUCGGCGAGAACUGGCCCGCCCGUGUGCGUGCCGACGUCACGAUUAACCUCAACGUCCGCGAUCAAAUUAAAAAUGAGUGGGAAGGGCUGCGUAAACACGACGUGUGCUUUCUAAUAACGGUGCGGCCCAACCUGCUGUACGGUACACGCUUUGACCGCCGGCAGCCGUUUGUGGAUCAGGCCGGUCUGGUAUACGUCAGAGGCUGUGAGGUGCAGGGCAUGCUGGAUGAUAAGGGCCGAGUCAUAGAGGAAGGUCCUGAACCAAAGCCCAAGCUGAAAGGCGACACUAGAACGUUCCGGGUAUGGCUCGACCCGAACCAGUACCAGCAGGACAUGACCAACAGCAUCCAGAACAGAGAGGAAGACCCAUACGAGAACUUCAAUUUCAUCAUGAGACGCAAACCCAAAGAGAACAACUUCAAGGCUGUGCUGGAGACAAUCCGUAACCUCAUGAACACCGAGUGCGUGGUACCCGACUGGCUUCAUGACAUUAUUCUGGGCUAUGGAGAUCCCGGAAGUGCCCAUUACUCCAAGAUGGCGAAUCAGAUUUCCUCUCUGGACUUUAACGACACCUUCCUGUCCAUCGAGCACUUGAAGUCCUGCUUCCCAGGUUACACUGUGAAGGUCACAGAGGAGGACCCUGCUCGACAGGUCCCGCCUUUUAGAAUUCAAUUCCCAGUGCAGAACACAAAGGGUAAAAAGCGAAAAGCAGAUGAGGAAGACUUGCCAGACGAGGAAGAUCGCACGCUGGUGGUGGAGCCGCACGUGAUUCCUAACAGGGGGCCGUAUCCCUAUAACCAGCCCAAACGGAACACCAUUCAGUUUACACCAACCCAGAUUGAAGCCAUUCGUGCAGGCAUGCAGCCAGGCCUUACUAUGGUCGUUGGUCCUCCAGGAACAGGAAAAACAGACGUGGCUGUUCAGAUUAUCUCAAAUCUUUACCACAACUUUCCAGAGCAGAGGACACUGAUUGUCACUCACUCGAAUCAGGCUCUGAAUCAGUUGUUUGAGAAGAUCAUGGCACUGGACAUCGAUGAGCGACACCUGCUGCGUAUGGGUCAUGGAGAAGAAGAACUCGAGACCGAAAAAGAUUUCAGCAGAUACGGACGAGUGAAUUACGUGCUCUCUCGCCGUCUGGAGCUCCUGCAGGAAGUUGCUCGUCUGCAGGAGAGUCUGGGUGUUCCUGGAGAUGUCUCCUACACCUGUGAGACUGCUGGACACUUUUAUCUAUACCAGGUGAUGUCCCGUUGGGAAGAAUACAUGAGUAAAGUGAAGGCGAAGCCCGGCCGAGAGGUGCAGACAGAAGACGUAGCGGCGCAUUUUCCCUUCCACAAGUACUUCGCCAACGCCCCCCAGCCUGUGUUCAAAGGGCAAACGUACCAGGAGGACAUGGAUAUCGCCGAGGGCUGUUACCGGCACAUCCGCAAGAUCUUUACCCAGCUGGAGGAGUUCAGGGCAUUUGAGCUGUUGAGAAGUGGGCUGGAUAGAUCCAAAUAUCUGCUGGUGAAAGAAGCCAAAAUCAUCGCCAUGACCUGCACGCACGCCGCUCUCAAGCGGCAUGAUCUGGUGGAGCUUGGCUUCAAGUAUGAUAAUAUUCUAAUGGAGGAAGCAGCUCAGAUCCUGGAGAUUGAGACCUUCAUCCCUCUACUGCUGCAGAAUCCGGAGGAUGGCUACAGUCGACUGAAACGCUGGAUUAUGAUUGGUGAUCACCAUCAGCUGCCGCCCGUCAUUAAGAACAUGGCCUUUCAGAAAUACUCCAAUAUGGAGCAGUCGCUUUUCACGCGCUUUGUGCGUCUGGGGGUGCCCACCGUAGACCUGGACGCUCAGGGCAGAGCCCGGGCCAGUCUGUGUAACCUGUACAACUGGCGUUAUAAGCAGCUGGGCAACCUUCCUCAUGUUCAGCUCCUGCCAGAAUUCCAGGCUCCGAACCCCGGAUUCACCUACGACUUUCAGCUCAUUAACGUGGAGGACUUCAACGGCGUGGGCGAAUCGGAACCCAACCCGUACUUUUAUCAGAAUCUGGCUGAAGCAGAGUACUCUGUGGCUCUGUACAUGUACAUGCGUCUGCUGGGAUAUCCUGGCGAGCGCAUCAGCAUACUCACCACCUACAAUGGCCAGAAGCAUCUCAUCCGUGAUGUCAUCAACCAGAGAUGUGCCAACAACCCCUUCUUUGGACAGCCCAAUAAAGUGACCACAGUGGAUCGAUUCCAAGGUCAACAGAACGACUACAUCAUCCUCUCUCUUGUGCGAACUAAAGCUGUGGGACACUUGAGAGAUGUGCGCCGUUUGGUUGUGGCAAUGUCUCGAGCAAGGCUCGGCCUCUAUAUUUUUGCUCGAGUGUCUCUGUUCCAGAACUGCUAUGAGCUGACACCAGCCUUCAACCAGCUGACCGCACGACCUCUUCAGCUGCACAUCCACCCGCACGAGUACUACACAUCUAUGGAGCAGCGUUCCACCCAGCCUGACCAGGUGGCCAAGGACAUGCCGGAGAUGGCUAACCUUGUGUACAACAUGUACAUGCACAUGAUUCAGAGCACACAGCAGUGCAGACAACAGGACCUCCUGGAUCCUCCACAGCAGUUCCCAGAGACAAAGGCGGCCAUGGAGGUCGACGAUGGACGUCCUGAGACUCAGAGCGAGAGUGAACAACAGCAUGAUGCUGAGGUUGAGAAAGGCCAGGCUCAGACCGAGAUGAACCAGGAACCCAGUGAAGAAGAUGAGCAGAAGGAAGGUCGUGCUAAAAUGCCCGAGCAUCCGGGCAGAGACAGUGACAGUGGCGACAGCGAUGAAGAUGAAGAACCCUAGACUGUCUGACUUGUUAUUCUUAACAUUUUUUCUGUUCACUGAACAUUAGGCUUUGGAAUGGUAAUUUACUUUUUGUAAGAUUUUUGUAAUAAAACGCAAUUAAACCA